GACACCGGUUGAAACACGAAAUAUCAAGGGAGCAUGAGAAAGGGCGCAGACACGCGUUUGCUGUUUCCUACUACUCCCGACAUAUCCCCCACACCUCGCUCGGCCAGCCUCUUUUCCUUUUCACGUCAAACGGUUUUCGCCAUCUGCCUUUAUCUUUUGCUCUUUUCCGCCCUUCUUUCCCGUUUCUCAGUUCACCCCAGUCGCCUUCUACCUCUCGCAGUCGCUUCACAUUUUCCCCACACACACUCUCCCCCUUCUUCUACUCCACUCCUCGCCGCACACUCCCUUCCAUGCUGCCCUCCCCUUGAAGCAAGCAAGCAAGCAGACAGAUCUCUUUGUUUGUCCUCCUUCUGUCGCCGCUCGUUGGCUGGGGCUAGCUUCUUGCUUUGCGUGAGGCGGAGCUUAGAGAGCUCUGCGAUGGAGAAGGAGAGGAAGCAGGGGUUCUUCUCCGCGCUCAAGGACGAGGUGGUGCGGGGGCUGUCGCCGGCGAGGUCCCGCGGGAAGACCCCGGCGAGGAGCUCGUCGCCGGCGAGAAUGCUGAUCCCGCGCCGCCGCAAGGCGCCGCCGCCUUCGGAGAAGCAGAUGCGGCAGGAACAGCAGCAGCAGCAGUACAUCCCGGAGCAGCUCAUCCCGCGCUCCGGCAGCCUUCGGCCCGGCGGCGAGGCGCUCGAGCCGCUCAUCGAGGGCCCCGACGCCGACCGCCUCGCCGCCGGCGACUUCGUCGGCGAGGACUCCGGCCGGAGGGGGGAGGGGUUCGGGCAGUGGGUCCGCGGCCACCUGACGCGCACGCCGUCCAUGGCGUCCGCCGGCCCCGGCGGGUCAAGCGGCUCGUUCCGGCACUCAGACCUCCGCCUUCUCCUUGGCGUCAUGGGCGCGCCGCUCGCGCCCAUCUCCUCCAACCUCGCCGACCCGUUGCCUCUCCUCUCCAUCAAGGGGACCCCCAUUGAGUCGUCGUCGGCGCAGUACAUCCUGCAGCAGUACAUGGCGGCGUCGGGCGGGCACAGGCUGCUGCAGUCAGUGCGGAACGCGUACGCCAUGGGCAAGGUGCGGAUGGUGGCGUCCGAGUUCGAGACGGCGACGCGCGUCGUCAAGAACCGCGGGCCGAGCGGCCGCGGCGCCGCCGCCAUCGAGCAAGGCGGCUUCGUGCUCUGGACCAUGGCCCCCGGCAUGUGGUACGUCGAGCUCGCCGUCGGCGGCAGCAAGGUCCACGCCGGCUGCAACGGCCGCCUCGUCUGGCGCCACACCCCCUGGCUCGGCGCCCACGCCGCCAAGGGCCCCGUCCGCCCCCUCCGCCGCGUCCUCCAGGGUCUUGAUCCGCUGACGACGGCGGGGCUGUUCGCGGAGGCGAGGUGCGUGGGGGAGAAGAAGGUGAACGGCGAGGACUGCUUCAUCCUGAAGCUAUCGGCCGACCCACAGACUCUGAAGCUGCGCAGCGAGGGGCCGGCGGAGAUCAUCCGGCACGUGCUGUUCGGCUACUUCAGCCAGCGGACGGGGCUGAUCGUGCACAUCGAGGACUCGCACCUGACCCGUAUCCAGCCGCACUCGGGCGGCGACGCCGUCUACUGGGAGACCACCAUCAGCUCCUCCCUGGAGGACUACCGGGCCGUGGAGGGCAUCGUGAUCGCGCACGCCGGGCGCUCCGCCGUCACGCUCUUCCGGUUCGGUGAGGCCGCCAUGAGCCACACCAAGACAAGGAUGGAGGAAGCAUGGAGCAUCGAGGAGGUGGCCUUCAACGUCCCCGGCCUGUCCCCAGACUGCUUCAUCCCGCCCGCCGACAUCCGGUCGGGAUCCGUCGGCGAGGCCUGCGAGCUCCCUCCGACACACGGCGGCGGCGACCGCGCGGCAAACAAGGGCGGCGCCGUGCACCCGGCUCGUGUCGCCGCCGUCGAGCGCUCCUCCCACGGCCACAAUGGUGCUGUCGGCGUCAACGUCGGCGCCGCCGCGGGAGGUCGCGGCGAGAAGAUCGUGUGGAGAGUACAAGUGUAGUAAGCCGGAGCCCGGAGCAGAGGGGGAGUUUUAGCUGCGGUUAAUUGUUGCUAGUCCGCUAGAGAAGAAAUUAAACCAGUCCAAUUUGUUCAUACUAGAGUUUGAUCUUUCCUCUGCCUAGCUAGCUAGGGAUCAAAUACUAACCCGUUGCAUUCUCUACCGUUGUUCAUCUUCUUCUCUGUAAAUAGGUGCGUAUAAACGUUCUCAGCAGGCCGCUCAUGUCUUUCCUCCUGGCCUGGCCUGGAUGAAUAUUUAUCCUCUGAAUGCAGAAAAUUCAGUGCAACUUUUAUUUUCCCUGCA